GCCCCUAGCAUCAUCCCCUAGCACCAGCACUCCUCGUCCUCCCCCCAGCACUCUCCCCAGCACUCCCCCCCCCCCAGCUCGCGCCCAUGCUCGUCGCCCCGUACCUCCGCUUGCUCGCGCUAGCGGUCUGUGUCGCCGCCGAGACCACCACCACAACCACCGCAAAGACCCCUGCGGCCGUAGAGCCCGCGGUGUCGUCCGAGGUGACGCCGGACUCGUCGCAGACCACCACGUUGUCGCUUGUGUCCAACACCCUCCCGCCGCCACCACGGACCGCCACAACCGCCGCCACCGCCACGCUGCCCAAGGGUGGCGACGUGCCCCCGGGCGCCACCACGUCGACAUCCACCACAGACCCACGAGUGGUCGUCACGAUCGGAAGAGCCACGUCCCUGGGCAAUGGACCUUCAGACUACGCCCACCUGACGUCGUCAAUCUCGUCCUUCAUCACCGAGGACUACGCGGACCAGGCCGUGCUCAAGGCGAUCCUCACCAAGGACGCCGACCUGGGAACCUACUACAACGCACGCGUGUACGCAGGCAACCAAUCGGUCGACCUCCGCGUGGACAUUGUGCAGCCAGACCUUUGGGUCAUGAAUGGCAACGACGUGUUGAACUGUCUGUACUACUUUGAGGAGAUCGAUUCACUCACGUCACAGUACGGUGCAUCAUAUUUCGCCACCCAGACCACUCUGGGGAUUGCCACCGAGCUGGCGUGUGCCCAGGGUGGCGUCUACCUGACGGCUCUGGACCAACCGUUCCCGGACCCCAAACCCCUGGGAAUCUACAACGGUGAGCGGUAUGACCUCCCGUACGUUGAUGAGAUUUCCGCCAGUGGAGUGUUUGUCACCGACAACAUUUCGUUUGUGUCCUCGCGUAACUUUGCCUUUACGUUCCCCAACUUCACCUUUGUUGAUGUCAAUGACACGUCAAUGUCCUUUGGUGGGUUGGGACUCGCGGGAAACCCCACGGGGUCCGGGUUCCUCGAUACCUUGCACCAGCUGGGACUCAUCACGUCGCCGGCAUACUCCCUCUGGUUCUACAACCUGACGUCUCCUGACCGGGCCGUUGGUGAACUUCUCUUGGGCACUGUCAACACCAAAUACGUUGACGGAGACUUCCAACAGUUUGACAUGCUCCCACACACGGGGCCCAAGUUCUCCGGCAGCCGCGCCGAGCUCAUUGACCGUCUCAAGCUCCCAAUCAUUGCCCUCAGUGACUUGAGUGUAGAGAACCUGGCCAAUGGGAACUCCAUCUCCAUCAUCAGCGACGGAAACCCGAUCCCCGUGGUGUUGGACUCACGCGCUCUGUUCUCACAACUCCCCUCGGACGUGCUUGUCAACUUGGCCAUCCAAACCAACGCCUACUACAACGUCGACAUCAACCGUUGGAUCGUUGGUUGUUCUGCCAUCGAGGCUGCCAAUGCACUCCUUGACUUCAAAGUCGGGGACCUCAUGCUCAAGAUCCCCCUCAACAAUUUCUUGGUGCCCGCGUUCGUGGGCACCACCCCGUUGAACUUCUCCGACGGUUCCAGCGCAUGUUUCCUUGCCUUCUUACCCUCGACCGCCCAGGGCUUCUCAUCCUUGGGGCUCCCCUUCCUUUCCGCCAUCUACCUUGCCGUUGACAAUGCCAGUGGCAAGAUCGCGCUCGGGGCCGUCGACCAGCACGUUCUGAUCAACAUAGACGACUUCAACACGGCCCUGCCAAGCCUGAUCCCGGUCUCGUACUACCUCCCACGCUACAACAGCUCCGACACCUCGUCGACCUCUCUCGUGGGCUCCAUCGAGUACAUGACCGGCGGUGACAUCCCGUUCGCCACCCCGUACACGCCGCUGGUCAAUUUGACGCUCACGUACGACGUCCCCAGCUCCAUCAGCGCGCUCGGCGACAACAUCCCGGCCCGGUUCUCGGGCGUCACCAUCAAGAGCGGCGAGAUCUACAUCACCCAGGGUCAGCCCACCACGGGCUUCUUCCCCGGCUUGGCCAGCGCCGCCAGCGCCAGCAGCUCGACCAGCAAGGCCUCGGCCGCCCAUGCGGUGCCGCCUCCCUUCGACGCGUCGCCCUUGCGCCCGCUCCGGGCGCUCCAAUGGGCGAUCCCCAUCGUUCUGGUGCUUUUCGCCACCCUCAUGAUAUAGACGUCCACCCCCUCCCCCCUAAAAUAUAUAUGUACCAUUAGAAU